AUGGCAAAGCGCAAGAGGGACUCUCUCCCUCCCACCGCCUCCCCAGCUCCCAUAGCCCCCCCCUCGGCUGCCCCUGACGAGGACGAGGGCAAGGCCCAUGUCGUCGUCCAGCUCGCCGACGGUUCCAAGGCCUGGAGAGGGAAGCUCAAGCCCAAGCGAACUUUUGAUCAAUGGGUCCCAAAGAUCGUUGAGCGACUCGGCGUCAGCGCUAGUCCAGACUUAAGAGUCCUUCACGUUCGAGAUGGUGGAAAGGAAGUUGAGAUUCUUGACGACUUUGAUUUCUCGGCUCUCAAGUCUAGAGCUGCUUCAGCUACUACGCCCCUGACGGUCAAGAUCUACACCCCAUCUACCAGCAACAAGAAAGCAGCCCUUCCUCAAACCCCUACCCCCGCUGCUGCUUCCAAAACACCCAACAACACACCAGCUACUGUUCAGAAAUCCAAGAAAAAAGGAAAGGGCGAGGUUUCAACACCCCCUGCCCCCCCUUCUGCACCGGCAACGUCCAAGAAGAACAAGGAGAAAGCGAAGGCUAUUCCUCAGCCCGACCUGCCGCCCGUCAUCCAGACAGAUAGACCUUCUCAGCCCUCUCCUGCUCCCCCAAUUGCGCCUGCGACCAAGACAAAGAAGAGGAAGCGUGACUCCACAUCUUCGAAUGUCGAGGAGGCCCCUGCGUGUUCCACCCCGGGACCCUCUCAGCAUGAUCAAGGAUCCAAGAAGAGCCCAUCUCCCACUCAGCCCAAGAAGAAGCAGAGAAAGAGAACUUCUCAGGUAUCUUUACCUCCAGCCUCCCCGGCUCAGAAGGCUCCCACCUUCUCUUUGAACGCCCCCUCGCCGGCUACUGCCACGGGCAAUCCCUUCCCAUUCUCAUUCUCCCCUGCCAACUACAACAAAUACAAACCCGCCAAACCUAGUCCCCUUGGGAGAAUGGACAAUCCUAUGGAAUCUGAGGGUGAAAAGGAGACGGAGAAAGAUGGCAAGCAGAAGGCGCGCAAACCGAGAAAGAAGAAGGAGAAAGCUGCUGCUGCUUCCGAGGCUUCUAGCGUUUCUAAGGCCCCAGAGGCCCCAAUUCCUGCCCCCGUCUCUACCCCUGCCAAAGAAACCUCUGUAUCUGCGCCUGCACCCUCCACUCCUGCUACUCCCGAUAACACGACUCCGAGUAAAACUAGGAAGCCGAGGGCAAAGGCAACUCCGAAGCCGACCACUCCGAAUGUGUCUAAUGAGAUCAUGAGGAAGCAUCGUGAGAAGCUGGCUGCUGAGGCUGCUGAGGCUGCCGCUAAAGACGCAGGAAUCAGCGCCCCCGAAGUGUCCACCCCCUCUCGCGACGAAGCUCCUGCUGAAGUUCAGGCUCAAGUCACUCCAAAGGGAAAGACCGCGACCAAGGAUCGUCCAGCUGGCACAAGUGACCUCGCAGGCAAGUUCACUUCUUCAACACCUGCCUCUGCACCUGCCUCUGCACCUGCCUCUGCACCUGCCUCUGCACCUGCCUCUGCACCUGCCCCUUCCCAGCCCUCGACGCCCACGCCCAAAUCUGCUUCCAAAGCCUCGAAAGGCAAAGCUCCUGCGAGACCCAAGCCAGGUCCUCGUGCCAGUCUGGCCGCAGAGAUCGCGGCACAGAUCCUCAGAGAGACACAGGCGAAAGAAGCCGCUGCUGAAGCAGCCAAGGAGAAAGAGCUGGAGAGGGAGGCGGAGGACGAUGCGAUGGAAGUCGACGCUCCCGCUGCGGUCUCUUCUCCAAAUGCCGGUCCAUCAUCAUCCAAUACAUCUUCACUGCCUGAACCUUCCACUCCCGCUUCCGGAUCGGGCAAGAAGACAAAGUCCAAGAAGGUGGCUUCCCGAGCCAGUAUAUCGACCAACAACACGCCGAAUCACGAGGAUGUGGAAAAGGAGGCAGGUGAUGCCAAUGAGCACGAGGAGCCCCAGGGAGUUGUUGAGACGGCUGAGAGACAGCCGGAGGUUGAGGUCGAGCGUGCGCCAGAUGUGUCAAAUAAGGUACAAGCGGAUGGAGACCUCGAAACGCGAGAAGAGGAGAGAGUUCAGGAGCCUGUUGCGGAUCCCACUCAGGUUCCACUGCCCCCUCCAAAGCAACCAGAGUGCAUCAUCUGUCAAGGUCUCUCCCACCCUCAAGUUGAAUGUGAAGUCGUCAAAGCGGGUAUUCCUCGUCUGCGACAGGUGUUGGCUGAGAGAUGCACCGAGGAGAAUUCCGAGGCGGCUGUGAAGGCUAUCGAGAUGUGGAUUCAGAGGCUUGGAAGAGUUGCCAAUGCUGUGACAGGUGCCAGUCCCAAACCCUCUACACCCAAGCGAGUGGACAGUCCGAACACAACAGCACCCGCAAAGACCCCUACCGUCACCCCCCACGAUGCCCCGACUUCGAACAGGAAAGCCGUGUCCGAGUCAUCCGCUUCAGAUGUGUCCAAAUCCCCCACGCCUCCUCCUGUACCGCCAACACCACUCCCCGAAUUGCCACCUAUAUACCAUAAAGCCCUUUCGCGAAAGGCCGGUCCUGGUUCAGCCAUCAGCGUCUCGGAUGCAGUCAUCGAGACCGGAAGCUCUGCCUCUGAUACCGAGUCUGAGAGCGAAUCUGAUUCGGGCAGCAGUUCUGGGGUUGAGGGUAGCAGAAGCGAAGGGAGUACAAGGAGCACCCGUGCUCGCUCAUCGUCCGCCUCAUCGAGCUCUUCAUCUGGUUCAAGCCGCGACUCGCCUUCCCCUCCACCUCCAGAUCUGUCAUCCCUUGACCCGGGAGCUGCUUUACGGCAUUUCCUCACUGCUCCUCUUUCGCAGAAGCAAAGGCGUGCUGCUAGAGACUCUGCAGCUCAUAUGCAGGCCCCUGGAAUAGAUGACGAGGAUGAGCCCCAAGUUGCUUCCGAUGUAGACUCUGAAGAGGAAAGGCGCGCGAAUGGGUCAUUCCAUAGGGGGAAGGAUGAUGAUGAGGAAAGCCUGGUUGACGGCUACGGCUUGGAUGAGGACGAAAAGGAGGAUGAGAGCGUGGUCGACGAGGAAGAGCAUCGGAACUCUGUUCCUGUGGUCACUCCGAAUGAGGAGCCAGGACAGGGGGAUGAGAGGGCAAAGUCGGUUGAAGACAUCGAGGAGUCCGAAUCAUUCGAGACCCCCGCGGCUGUUGCCACUCAAGUCGAGGACAUCGAGCAGGAGUCCGAACCAAUGGACGUUGAUACCGUCACGCAGUUCCCCUCUCAAGAAGGGGCCAUUGACGGCGACAUUCAGACUCCCCCCGAUUCCUCUCAGCUGCUCCAAACCUUUGAAUCCUCUAGACAGUCCUUCAGUGAUCUCGCUGCCCUUGCCAGUCCCGGUGCACCUCCUAACGAACUCCCUGGCGAUAUCGCCAUCAGAGACACUAUCGAUGAGGAAGACCCUUCUCAAAGGGUGGCACGGGAUGAACCGUCCAUUGAGAUACAUAUUUCAAGCUCCAACAAUGGCCCCAUGUCUCCUCCUGCAUCGGCUCCUUUGCCUUUGGAGGAGGAUUCGCUCCCGGCCACUCAGAUGAUCCCAGAAACCCAGCUCGAAGCCGUCACCCCCACAGCGAGAUCUUUACCUACUAGGAGAAGUACUCGUCAGUUGUCCAGGCAGCCUUCGAUGGAACUGGAGCGGUCGCCUGAUCUUCGACCUGCUGUCACAUUCCAGGUCUCUCAUGUUCGCAAUGGGGGGGCCUCCUCACCCCCGCUUGAUCUUCCUCCUUCCUCCUACCCUUUGAACAGUCAGCCUGAUAUCGCUCCUACACCAUCUAGGCGCCGCCUUCGUUCUGCCUCUCGAGACCCUCCACCUCCCGAGGCUGCUCCUGCGCCGAGGUCUAGGAGCACGAGAUCAUCAUCACGGCAGCUCGAGGUUCCCUCUACCCCACAACCUCCAGUGAGGCGCUCGGCCAGAAGGAACGCUUCGCAAUCCAAGGAUGUUCAGGCUUCCCAGCCCGAACCUGUUCCUGUACCUACCAGACGAUCUUCGAGACGCCAGACGACACCUUUGGCUUCUUCGCAAGUGGAUCAGCUUGAUCCUUCAUCUCCGCCAGCCAACCAGGCAGAGGUCGUUGAGGAGUCUCCGUUGUUCAUCGCCGAGACGCAACCUAAUGGAUCUCAAGGAGAGUCGCAGGAAAGCCAGACCCAAAAAGAUUUUGGGAGGUUCUGGAAGCAUGGGGGUAGCCAAGAAAGUCCCCUCUUCAUGUCACAAGGAUCUCAGUAUCCCCAGACGCAGGCAUACAAUAUCUACCCCACCCUGGAAUCAUCGGAUACCGAUGCUACUCCCAAAGCCAAGACUGCGGCGCCCGAGUCAUCUCCGACGGAUCACAUUGGAGAUGCAAGGAAGAACGGUACGCUGAGAAUGGGUAGUCCCAUUAUCGAAGAGGAGGAAGAAGAAGAAGAAGGUGCUAGUCACAAGGAUGACCAUGGGCGAACGCCCACCGGAGAGGACCAGUCAAUGGAACAGGAGAGCGAUGCGUCAGACGACGAAGUACCUAUCAACUCCAUACCCAUCCCCCGUCCUGCGUCUCAACCCUCUCAGUCAGUGUAUCCAACAUUGAAACCACUUCCCCAUCCAGCCUCUCAGGGAAGUAGCUUCCCAACGCUGUCCAGCCUGCCUCGUGAUGUUCUCAGGGGCUUCACCUCUAUGUUUGCUUCUCCAUCGAAGCCGCAGCCCGAGUCAAGUAACAAAGGACAGAGCACGAUGAGGGAUGUGGCCGAGCAGAUGCAGGGGGUAGGUGGCGAUGAUAGUGAGAGCGAGACUAGUGGUGACUCGAGUGAGGAGGAGCAGGAGCCGGAAAAGCUUCGAGGACGUUUUGCGGGGACCAAGGCAAAGAAGGCGAAGGCGAAGCCUGUGGUGCAGGGAUGGUGA